ACCACACUCCUCGCUUCGAAACGAGAAAAGCCCCUCUCAGCACUGCGAUACCACUUCCAUCAUUCUCUAAAUCGAGACUGAAUCUCCGCAAUGCUCACCGACCUCCCCAACGAGAUUCUCCUUCUCAUCUCGAGAAACUUGCCCGAUACUAGCGAUGUGCUUCACUUCGCCAGCUGUUCCCGAGACCUCCAAGAGCUGCUUCUCUCGCAGGCCUACUCCUGCGUGACCCUCAGACCCGACUGCAUCGCAACUCUGAGCCGUCUGACUACUGUCCUCUCUCACAAACCGUCUCUAGCAGCCCGCGUCCGUCAUUUGCAUCUCGCUUCCACCGAGCCCUGCUCCCACAAAUGCAGAGCCCGGUACAGCCCCAAUCGUGUCCAUCAAAUUCUCAACAACCUUGCACUUACCGAGGAGGAGCUGACUGAGUGGAAAGAUGCUUUGGUUGGAAAAGGGGACCGUGAAUGGGAUCAGGAAGACGCGUGGUGGGCAAUGCUGUGGACUUUGCUACCGAACCUUGAGAAGCUGGACAUUGCAUGGGAAAAUGGCACAGACUACAGAGAAAGGGUGCUGGAAAGGAUAGGAGCCACUGGUAAUCGGUUCAACCUUGGAUCGACCUUUACCAAGCUGCGCGAAGUCAAUCUAAAGUGGUGGAGGACAGAGGUUGGCAUUAGCACUGAAGAGGUGCUGCUUUUCUUCCGCCUUCCCGCCCUUGAGCGUUUCUCGGGCUAUUAUGUCAUUGAACGCUAUGGGGAUGACGAGGACACAGAUGAGGAAGUGACAGAGGGAGUUUCGACUGUUACGGACAUACAGCUCCACUCGAGCAACUCGAGCACGGGUUUUGCAAGUCUCUCCCGUGCAGUGGCAGGCUUGAAAUCAAUCGUUUACCACCAUGCGUUUGUUUGUGACUGCGAGAGACCCUUGAUGGCACCUGAAUUUCAUCAGUCUCUGUCCAGGCACAAGAGCACUCUGGAAUCCAUCUCGAUGGCCGGAGAUCCUGGGUACGGACUAGGAACACCCGUAUUCUUUGGACCCCUACUGGACUUUACCGCUCUCAGGCAACUCAGCAUUCCAUCCAUGUGUCUUCUCGACUGGGAAGAAGGUGUCCCUUCGCCUCGGAACCAUUUGUUCGAUGUCCUGCCACCUUCUUUGGAGUCUCUAUCCGUUGAAGCCUUCCACGACUGCGUGAACAAACAGGUUCUCGCUCAGCAGCUGGGAGAUGUCGUCAAAGCAGCUCCUGGGCGCUAUCCAAGUAUGACUGACUUGAUUCUCGUCGGCCACUUUUGCGACAUGAGCAAGCCGCGUGCUAAGAUUGGCCCCGAUGACGAACCACCCCUAAACCCCAAAAUCAUGCGCAUUGCUGCUAAACUGGGAUUCGACUGUAUUACCAUGAGCCCUAUCGACUUCGGAAUCUUUGACUCGGUUUACGGUUGGAUUUCCGCGGAGAACUUUUGCCCAUGCUGCAUGUCCGGCCAUAGCUGGCAUCCAGAUGACCUUGAUGAUUUCGAGGAUGAUGAGGAUGAGAGUGAUGAUGAUGAUGACGAUGACGAUGGAGAUGAGGAUGACGAUGACGAUGACGAGGAGCCAACAUCUGAGAGCGACGGUGAAACCAGCAACGACGACGCUGGCGAGAUAAGUCCCAAUGAGGAGAUCUGAUUUCGUUUUUCUUUUUCUUCCCUG